AUGAAUACCGAAUGUCUCCAGGCUGCGGCUCGAACCAUGGUCUGGUCAGAAGCAAACUAUGGGACUGGGGAGUCGUGGGAUUUGAUCAAGGAUAACCUGCUGAAUCUCACCAAUAGUUCCGCACCUCCGUAUCCCCUUAGGUCAUGGACCAUCCCGCUCUGGUGGUCCAGCCGAAUGAAAAAAGCCCUUGGUGGAAAGCGGGCCGCAGGGCAACGACCCUGUGCCACAGGCGGCUAUCUUAGACGAAAGUCUUUCGACUGCAUCCUCCUGGAUGCCAAAAGAGCUUUCUAG